AUGCCCAGCGCAACCGGCCAGAACUGGGAGAAAUACCAGAAGAACUUCGCUGAUGAAGAUGUGCCAGAGAAGAAGAUUACGCCUCUGACAGAAGAAGACAUUCAGGUGCUGAGAACCUAUGGAGCGGCGCCGUAUGCUGCUGCUUUGAAGCAGAUUGAGAAGCAGAUCAAGGAGAAGCAACAGAGCAUCAAUGAAAAGAUCGGCGUGAAGGAGUCAGACACUGGCCUUGCGCCUCCUCAUCUUUGGGAUGUUGCCGCGGACCGCCAACGUAUGCAAGAGGAACAACCACUUCAAGUCGCUCGAUGUACGAAAAUCAUACAAGACGAAAAGGAUAGCGAGAAGAGCAAAUAUAUCAUCAACGUCAAGCAGAUUGCCAAAUUCGUGGUCAACCUUGGAGAACGAGUUAGCCCUACAGAUAUCGAGGAGGGAAUGCGCGUCGGUGUUGAUCGUCAGAAAUACUCCAUCAUGCUUCCCUUACCGCCCAAGAUCGACCCCAGCGUAACGAUGAUGACAGUGGAAGACAAGCCCGACGUCACUUAUGGAGAUGUGGGUGGCUGCAAAGAGCAAAUCGAAAAGUUAAGGGAGGUCGUUGAGAUGCCAUUGUUAUCACCAGAACGAUUCGUCAAACUCGGAAUCGACCCUCCGAAAGGUGCCCUGUUAUAUGGGCCUCCUGGUACUGGAAAGACUCUAUGCGCGCGAGCAGUCGCCAACCGAACAGAUGCUACAUUUAUCAGGGUUAUCGGGUCCGAGCUGGUUCAGAAGUAUGUCGGUGAAGGUGCGAGAAUGGUUCGAGAACUCUUCGAGAUGGCACGGACGAAGAAGGCAUGCAUCAUCUUCUUCGACGAGAUUGAUGCCAUUGGCGGUGCUCGGUUUGACGAUGGUGCCGGUGGUGACAACGAAGUCCAACGAACCAUGUUGGAGCUUAUCACCCAGCUUGAUGGUUUUGACUCGAGAGGAAACAUCAAGGUCAUGUUUGCCACCAACCGACCUUCGACGCUGGAUCCGGCUCUGAUGCGACCGGGUCGUAUCGACCGCAAAAUCGAGUUCUCAUUGCCUGAUCUGGACGGCCGUGCUGGUAUUCUUAGGAUCCAUGCAAAAUCGAUGUCGGUUGAGAGGGAUAUACGCUGGGAGCUUAUAGCAAGAUUGUGUCCUAACUCGACCGGUGCCGAGCUAAGGUCAGUCGCUACCGAAGCCGGCAUGUUCGCCAUACGUGAUCGAAGGAAAUUGACCUCUGAGGCCGACUUCCUUAAGGCAAUUGACAAGGUGAUCAAGGGGAAUUUGAAGUUCGGAAGCACGGCGGCAUAUGCACAGUACAAUUAG